AGGUGAAGGUAAGGAAAGAGAGGGAUUCGAACCCUUUGUAAACAAAAGCCUACAUAGCAGUUCCAAUGCUAGGCCUUGAACCACUCGGCCAUCUCUCCUACAUAAUCUUUUGAUUAUGACCCGCGAGUCAUUCAUAUUCAUUCUUGCAGUAAAGGGCUAUAGUUUCAUCGUUAGAUGAAUGUCCCGGUAUUGACAAUAAAAACCUAAGCAAUUACUAAUUUAUCUUUGUUCGUUGACCGAUUGAAGUGCCUGCCUUUGCUUCUUCCUUGAAUGUAACUGCUUUCUUUCCCGCCCCCUUUAGCUUUAGGGGCAAUUGCAUUCUUUCGAAGCUUUCCAGGCUGUAUGUGCUUUCGAUUAGCAUUCCAAGGUUGUAAUUCAUUGAAAUCGGCUAACUUUUGAAUAAAGUAGGAAAGAAAGAUCGUAUGUUAGUAUGUCGAUCCUCUAAAGCGAGUGAAUGGCUUUCCGCUUGUGGAAGCAUUACCGUAGGGCUUGCUUAUUGGGAAAAGGGCCAUUACGUAAGCAGUCUUCGAUGUAGGCUAUGGGGUUGCAGGUCUAGCGCCAUCCCCGAAGCCUUUCAUUUAGGUUGACUUUGCUUUCUUCUUAGUCUUCCGUCUAGUAGUGGAAGGCGUGUCUGGGAAUCAAUCUUCGUUUAAUAGGGAAGCCGGCCUUUCUUCUUUCCUUCAGGUGGUGAAAUGCCUAUCAUAAUAGCUGUUGCAGGAGCGAUGUCAAAGUGAAUCUUGUAGUGAGGGUCUUUCGGGUAUAGCACCAUUACAGUUGCGUUUUUGUCUGCUGCUAAGGUUCAAUGCUUUCUCUUUUAACAAGUAGUAAGCGCGGGAGCAGCUCUCUCUUCCUCUCUCCAUACUAGCAAUCGACGGAUAAGAAGGUAAUCCGCAUCAACAGAAAAAAGACUGACAUCUUUAAGAGCGCCUAGACCUCUUAUACCGCUCCUGACCCGAACCCUCGAGGAACGAGCAGCUUUAAGCCCUACCCUUCCUUCGCUUUCCACUGAGCUGAGGUAAUCCCUGAAGCCCCUCUGGUUGCAGUGGCAGUUGCCAGCGAGUAAGACAGUGAAAGCAAUGGCUAGGGAUUUUAUUACUCUUCUUGACAAAGAGAGGAAUCGUUUUGGACUUUAGCUUCUCCCUGGGAGAGAAUACUAUACGAUUAGUUUCCCCAGUUCUCUUAUCUUAAU